CAUCGCGAGGAAAGCAAACAUCUCCUCUCCACGAACACGCCAUGCCGACGCCGUGCCCGCAGAAUUCCGAGCGUUCCCGUGCGCGCGCGCAGGAGCCUCGCCGUCCAUUGCCGAGCACGCGGCCUCGUCGCGGGACUAGGCGGCCGCGCCUGCGCGCGCCAGGGGAUCCGCGCCUGCGCCAGUCCAGCUCCAGGCGCGCGCGAUGGACGCCUUCUUCAGCGGCGUCGACUCCCGACUUCGGGUGCCGGUGAAGGCGGCGGACUCCAUCAUGGUCGGGCUGGUGAACGCCGCCAUGGAGGACGCCUACAGGAAGAGCCUCUGGAAGGACGGCGACCUGGACCGCCUCUUCCACAAGCUCCGCUUCGCCGAGCUCGCCGUCAUGCAGCUCGAGUGGUGCCUCCGCUUCGUGCGCGGCGAGAUGUCGGCGGACGACGGCGGCGACGACGGCCACGAGGAGCUGCUCGACGACCUCCUCGAGACGCGGGACCGGAUCCAGGCCCGCCUCGACGAGGCCGAGCUCGCCGUCGCCGAGGCGGACCGCGACUACAUGCGCCGGAGGCGCGAGGAGCUCGGCGGCCCGUCGCGCGGCAGCGGGGCGCCACCCGCGGCCGCUCGCAGGGGCGGCGCCGAGGACGAGGAGGACGGCGGCCGUGCGUUCGGCAACCUGAGGGGGUCCGUGAGCCGGAUGAUGUCGAGGAUGAGGGCCAGGCUGGAGGACGCGAGCUCCACGCUGGCGGCGCUCAUGGAGAGGAUGAGCGGCGAGGCGUCGCCCAUGGCGAGGCUGCAGGAGGCCGGCCACGAGGGCGCAGGGGUCAAGGGGCUCUCCGGAUUCUACAGCGUGGCGCAGCUGCUCAUGGAGUUCCAGGAGAUGGUCAUGGACGCCGGCGCCGUCCGAGACAUCGUCGCGUCUUCGUUCGACGCGAUGGAGGGGUCGGUCUCCGCGCUGCGUGCGGCCAUGGAUGAGCAGCAGUGGCUCGUGGACGCAGAGAGGGAGAUGUACGGCGCCGUCGUGGAAGGUUUUCUCAGGGAGAUCAACGUGGGAUCCAAUCGCACGUCUUCUCCGGGUGAAGGAGCUCGUACACCUACAUUGCAACAUGACAGUGACGCUACUGAGAAUUGCCUGGAAGAACUCCGAUCUCCAAAGGAUGAAACUAUGCGGCUGCAGUCAGAAAGGCGUAUUACAGCAGAGGAGUCAGAUAGCAGACAGUGUUAUCAUUCAAAUGAGCAAUGUAUCUACCGUGAGGAAGCUGAAAGGCUUGCUGAAGAGAGAAUUGAUUCAGACGUCAGAUCUGAACCACAAUGUGUGUUAUAUACAGCAGCAUCCAGAGACUUGGUGAAGAAACGGGCUGUUCUGGCUGAUGUACAGAGGGUAACUGAAGAAAGAGAUGAGGUGGACAUCAGAAGAGAAGUACAAAUUGAAAUAUAUAGCACAAUAGUCAAAAACUUACUGAAAGGAAUGGCUGCUGAUUCUGUUGAUCAUCUUAUCAAUACUUUCAUCAAAGAUGAAGUGCAUGCAGUUUUUCUUGCCAAGACUUUAAAUUCUUGGAAGAGCACAACUGAAAUGCCUCACAGUGAGGGGCUUAUCAAAGAAGAGAUUGAUCGCAUUGUGUUUGGAGGACUGGCAGUAGAUUUGAUAAGUGUUCAUAAUUUUAGAGCGAUAAAAUCAUAUGGUGAAAACAGUCCCAGAAAUAAUCUGGGAAGAUUCAGCAUGAUUGACAAUAUCGAACAGUUAAAAAAGGUGAAGAUGGAAAUCAAUGUAACCACUGAAGAUGAAGAUGCAGAUUCUGAUCAACAUGGAGUACCUGUGAAGCAAGAGGUUCAGAGUCUCGGUGCUAACUGCGACAGGCGAAAUUGCAAAGGCAGUGAUCAACAACCUGAAAUGUCAACAGACAAAGGUGAUGUCCCUGAUUCAGUUAAGAACGAUGUUGAGGAACAAACUGAAAUGUCAACAGACAAAGGUGAUGUCCCUGAUUCAGUUAAGAACGAUGUUGAGGAAGGAUUGGAAGAUCAAAGGAAGGAGAAAACAGGGGAGAUAGGAGUAGGUUUCAGCGUGCCUCCUGAAAAUGGAAAUAAAGAAAUGUUCAUUCCAUCAACUAAAUUUCAGGCAAUGUUCAUGGAUUUUGAAGCUGUUACCUGUGGAAAAUUAGGAACAACUGUUCUAAGAUUGAGAGGCUUGGACAAACAAUUGGCAAAUUUGGCUGAACAAGUGAGUUCUCUUAAAAAAAGUGAACUCAUUUACAGGACAGCUUUCACCGGGCGAUGUUGCGACCUCCAAACAGCGGAAGCAGAGGUGGAUCUUCUUGGCGAUGAGGUAGAGCUGCUUCUUGGACUUGUCAGCAAGACAUACAAAGCUCUUAAUCACUACUCACCAGUUCUUCAACACUAUCUUUGGGUAAUUAUCUAGUUUCACUCAGUUAAAUCAUCAGAGGGCAUAAUUAAACUCAUUUAAUUAUUUUGUACCUUGAAUACUAGGCCGAUGUAAAUUUAAAAGGUGCAGUGUUAUGCCAUCGUGCAACAAAAUUUGUUAACAGCUAACGCAAUUACUGAA